AGACUACAGGCAAAGUCAGGUGACAUUAAUUGCAGCGAGCUAAGAGUUUUACUUGUAAGAAAAGUUUUGAAUGGUUUUAUUUUAUCUUGAAAUAAACAAACACUGAAAUUUAGAAGAACAAAAAUAUUCCUCAAUCUUCAAGAAAUUUGGAAUUCCAAACGAUGAUGAUCUGGAACUUUCGUGUAUUACGUGUCCAUCUACUUUUUAUUUCGAUUUCAGGAUUGUUUGUACCAGGAGUAUGGACUGUUGAAGAAGUUUACAUAGCUCACACACCAAAUUCUGUGAAGUUUACUACCACAGAAAUACUUCAUUCAUCAAAUCUUGCUGAUGUGUUUUCUGCUCUACUAGGAUAUACUAUAUCUGAGCCUGUUAAGUGGUCUAGCCUCAGUCCUGUUAACCCUCUACAUCUCCCUGAAGCUGUUGUUGUGUUGAAAAUUUCUGGGUUUGAGAAUACUUUAGAUCUGAAUCUGAAUGGUGUUCACUUCCCUCUGGAAAAUGUUGGUGAUGUAGAUAGCCAGUAUGAUGUACUUUCAUUACGAACUCAAGGCAGAUUUUCUCGUAAAACUCCAGUCUUGUUAGAAGCAGACACUGGUGAUGAGCUGUAUGCUGCUAGAUCUGAGUAUCCUGUUAUUCUAAAGUCUGUACCGGCAACUUCACAAAAAAGACACCAGAUGGCCCUUGCAGAUAUUGAAUUGGGUAGAACAGUGAAAGAGGGAACCUUCAAUCACUCCAUGCCUGGUGAAACUCUAUUUCUGACAGAAUUAGCAACUGUGAAAGCUAUUUUAUCAGCUCUUAAAGAUCACAAGUCACUUGUUAGAGAUGGUGUUCCUGACAUUAUCUGGCUGAAACUUAAUGGAAUUGGCAAGCUCGUAGGUCAUUAUGGAACAGAUUCCUACCAAGUCAGUGAAGCACUGCGCUUGUUAAGGCAGGUGAUUAGUGAGGCUGUUAACAUUUUGCGAGAUAUUUAUGAUGGUCAAGUUGUUGUCACUGUUGUAACUGUGAGUGAUGAUCCUACCCCAUUAUUCCGUGUUAGUCGUCACCUUUUGGAAGAGUCUACAGUAGAGGAAACAAAUUCCACAGAUAAAUUAAAUUUGGCCUAUCAGUAUGACCCUGAAUUUUCUGUUGUUUUCAUCAUCAUCCUGUUUGUUGUGAUACUGUUCACACUCUCUGUACUGGGAAUUAGUGUAUUCAUGUGGAACAUGGACCCUGGAAGAGACUCCAUAAUCUACCGUAUGACUAGUCAACGCAUGAAAAAAGACUAGUAAAACCAUCUUUUCAGGUGUAAUUACAUGGAAUAACCUGUGUGUGAAUUAUGAAAAAUGUCUGAGUUCCAUCAUUUGUUUUUUCAAACAGCUAGAGAUUAGGUAUUUUAAUUAAAUUUGCCAUUAUGGAAUACAUAUUUAUUAAUUAUCAAGUUUAAAUUAGGAAAGAUGUGGUAAAUAUCCUUUUGUGAUUUUGGAUACCAGUCUCAGUACUUGUUAGUUCUUAACUUUAUUCUUGAUUAAACCCACUUCAGGUGGUUCUGAUAUGAGAUGGUUUUUAUAGCCACAUAGAUAUAUAAUGAGAGUGAUCUCAGAUUACAUUGUGGCUAAUUCAAAGGUCGUGGAUAGUGUUAAAACCAAAGUACACCAUAUUAAUAUACAUACUGAUGUAGAUAGAGUAUUGGGGUUUACAAUAAUUUUUUCCACAGUAGGUGUUUUUCUUUGCUUCAUUGUCUUUAUGCAACACUGUGUGAUGGAAGAUUCCUGUUUAACUGUUCUUAUUGUAAAUUUUUCAAUUCUCACAUAAGAAGUGUACUUCUGAAAAUGAAAAAACUGUCACUACAGUACAGAAAGUCUUGCUUUUAAUAAAUAUCUUAAGUUAAUUAUAAGAUCAAUUUAUCAAUAUAGAACUAGUUAAGUAAUGUUGUUCUACCAAACAAAUGCACAGCAAAAAAUUAUGCUAUUUAUUUUGUAAAACAACCUGCACGAAACUAUUUCUAACUUUGUUGCUUUAAUUAAUUAAAAAUAGUUUUAAAUAUCAGAGUUGUGAUUUAUAGCAACUAAGCAUACUUUAUUAUGAACUCCAACAUUACAGAACCUCUAAGUAUUUCAUUUUUUGUUUAAUAUCCAUCAUUUAAACUUCUUUUUGAAAUAUAGUCAACACCUUGUCUAUGAGAAGUUUUAACAGUAUUUAAUAAUUGUGACUUGUCUGAGAAAAGAUUCAGCAACCUCUCAAAAAGUGUUUUCAGUGAACUAAACCUUAUUUAUUGUAAGUUGUUAUAAAGAUCAUUCCAAUAAUUACAUUUUUUUAAAUCUGGGGCUAAUUGAAGUAAUAAUUUGAGAAGUUUAUGAAUAAACUGUGCCAUGUGUUUGUUGGUAUAUAUUAAAAACUUCUUUAUGUAUUUAUGUACAUGUUGCUAAGUGUAUGUAGAAAGAAGAUAAUUCAAUAAAAGUGUAACCAGUCAUUUUUUUUAUGAGAUUCA